GUUCGUUUUAGGCCUAUCUCCUGCACUGCAGUUGCUUCAUGAGAGGCCGGACAUCUUUGAAUUGGAGGAGAAAGCCAAGAAAAGGAAGAAUUACAUGGGGGAGUGAGGGGAAGAAGAGUUACACUAGCGGGAAACAAUCCAACGAGCAAAAGAGACUCCCUGCAUAUCGUACUGAAUGAUGGCCACUACUUCUGUUGGGCGGUGUGCAAACACAUGAGAGAUAGACGAGACUGUGCUCCGAGAACCAGUUUGCGGCUCCCUUCUCAAUAUACAUGAGCAAUGGGCACCAACGAGUCACGACUAAUUACUCUCCUGCAAAAUUAGAC